GCAAAACAUGUGCCAAUACAUGUGGUCAAAACUGGUUUUCGGGCUAACAUUGUGAUAUAUUGAGAUAUUUUUGGAUAUUUUUCUAGUUUUGUUCAUUUAUUGAGACAUUGUAAAUUCAAGUUUGGCUUCUGUUGAGUUAACCGAUCAAAAUGAGUGGAAAUAAUGAUUACCCGAGUAAAGUUACUAUCAAAAUGAGACCAAGUGAUGAGGAUUACCAAGAUAUUACAAUUGAUUGGUCAGAUGAAAGCUGUGAACAUAAACAACAACUAUUCUUCCGAAAGAUUGCAUCUUUCAUUGGAUUACCAGCCAAAUAUUUAAGCAGCAUCUACAUUAAUCAUACAACGACUCUGAUUCCGCUUUACAAUACAGAAAGUAAUUUUCAGUAUGACCCUCCACGAGUGAAUGAUACAUUUUGGCGAAGUCUUAAUGACGGCGACUGUUUCUUGCUUCGCUCGUGGCUACGUUUAAUAGAUCACGAAUGCCUUUUCGAUUUACAUAUCGAUAUUUUCUCGGCACAACGUGAAGACAUUCAUCCAACCCAAUGUACUCUAUUGUAUUGUCAAACCAUAAAUAGCAGAUCUUACUUGAAUAAAAGAAAGGAAAUCAUUCUAAAUUCGGCAAUAUUCCCACAAAUUAGAGCUGGAUUUCCUGAACAAAGAUUAGGAUUACCUGACGAGGAUCUUUGGAAAAAAACUUUAGUUAAUUUCAAUAUCAGACAAUAUUUUAAUCCGGCUUGUUGUCGUGUACUCUUCGGUGGCGUGAAUGACAGACAUGAGCGUGAAUAUUUGCCGCAUCGAGGUUGAUGUCCAGAUAAAUCAUGAAAUAUUAAGAAUACCAAUAAAUUUCAAUCAGUUACAUCUGA